CCGGAGGAGGCGGAGCGGGAAGGGGUGGGGCGCGGUCGCGGCCCUGCCCAGGUAGGUGGGGCCUCCAACCCCGCCCGGCGCUGCCGGGGAGAGCGACCAGGGCCGGCCUGCCUGCCUGGGGACCCGCCGCCUCCGCCGCCGCCGUCAUGUUCUCCCUCCGAGCCCCCAAGGCCACCUUCAAGUCCUACCUGUUGCCGCAGGCUGAAGACAAGAUCAUUCCGGAGCCUCGACUUAAGAAACUGGAGCCUGUCCUACUGCCAGGCGAAAUUGUGGUGAACGAAGUGAACUUUGUGAGGAAAUGCAUCGCAACGGAUACAAGCCAAUACGACCUCUGGGGAAAACUGGUCUGCAGCAACUUCAAGAUAUCCUUCAUUACAGAUGACACCCUCCCUCUUCAGAAGUUCCAGUACAAAAAUCUUCUCCUCGGAGAACACGACGUGGCCUUGACGUGUGUAGAGCAAAUCGUCACAGUGAACGAUAACAAGAGGAAGCAGAAAGUCCUAGGCCCCAACCAAAAGCUGAAGUUUAAUCCAACGGAAUUAAUUAUUUACUGCAAAGACUUUCGGAUUGUCCGUUUUCGUUUUGAUGAAGCCGGACCGGAAAGUGCUAAAAAGGUGUGUCUUGCAAUAGCACACUAUUCACAACCAGCAGACCUCCAGCUGCUCUUUGCAUUCGAAUAUGUGGGCAAGAAAUAUCACAAUCCAGCAAAAAGGGUGAAUGGAAUAGACCCUGGAGGAGGAGGAGGUUAUGGCGUUCAUCACCAGACUCCCUUGUUUGAAACGUUCUCAGACUGGGAUAGAGAGAUCAAGAGGACGGGAGCAUCCGAAUGGCGUGUCUGUUCAGUCAAUGAAGGCUACAUGAUCUCCACCAGUCUUCCAGAAUAUUUUGUGGUGCCCUCGUCUCUGGCGGAUCAAGAUUUGAAGCUGUAUUCUUACUCUUUCACCGGGCGACGGAUGCCAAUGUGGUGUUGGAACCAUUCCAACGGGAACGCUCUGGUGAGAAUGGCCCACAUCAAGGACAGCCUGCAGCAACGAAAAAUAGACCAACGGAUUUGCAAUGCUGUCACCAGAAGUCAUCCACAGAGGAGUGACGUUUACAAAUCUGACUUGGAUAAAUGCCUGCCAAAUAUUCAAGAAAUCCAGACGGCUUUCCUCAAACUGAAGCAGUUAUGUGUGAAUGAGCCUUUUGAAGAAACUGAGGAGAAGUGGCUGUCCGUGCUGGAUAAUUCACGUUGGCUGGAGUAUGUGAGAAUCUUCCUGAAGCUUUCUGCAGAACUGGUCUACAUGCUGGACAGCAAACAUGUUUCAGUAAUUUUGCAAGAGGAAGAAGGGCGAGACCUGAGCUGCUGUGUGGCAUCUCUUAUCCAAGUGAUGUUGGAUCCCCAUUUUCGGACCAUCGCCGGAUUUCAGAGCCUGAUUCAGAAGGAGUGGGUCAUGGCAGGACACCCGUUUCUGGACAGGUGCAAUCACUUGAAGAAAUCUGACAAAGAGUCUCCUUUGUUCCUGAUGUUCCUUGACUGUGUCUGGCAGCUGCUUGAGCAGUACCCAUCGGCCUUUGAGUUUUCCGAAGCCUACUUGACCAUACUGUACGACAGCACACGGAUCUCCCUGUUUGGUACUUUCCUCUUCAAUUCUCCACAUCAGAGAGUAAAGCAAAGCACGGAAUUUGCCAUCAGCAAAAAUAUUCAGCUGGGUGACGAGAAAGGCCUGAAAUUUCCCUCCGUUUGGGAUUGGUCCCUUCAGCUCACGCCACGGGAUCGCCUGCUCUUUCACAACCCCCUGUACAUUGGGAAGAGCACACCCUGUGUGUGCAACGGGACUGUGAAAACCUUUAAACGGUCAAAGAAGAACUACAGCUCAACCCUCAGAGGCUUCCCAUCUUCCCUCAAGAACGGCAUCAUCAACGAACAAGACUUCUUCCCCAGAAGGAACUCCCUGAUCCUCAAACUAAAACCCGACUUCCUUCAUCAUGUGGACAACACUACCAACGGCAUGGAACAAUAUUUCCGAGACUGGUUCUCCAAGCCAGCGGACCUUCACGGUGUGAUCCUACCCCGCCUCUCCAGGACACAGAUCAAACUCUGGAAACUCUGCUACUUCCGUUGGAUCCCCGAGGCCCAGAUCAAGCACGGGGGUUUCAUCACAGCCUUUCACAAAAUCUCUCUGUUGGCCGACGAGGUGGAGUCCUUGAACCGGAGCUUGAGGCAACACAACGGCAGCCCCCCGGUGUUGGCCAACGCAUCCGAGCAGGACCAGAGUCGCCUGUAUUUCCGAGCCCAUAGCCUCAAUGACGGUCCCACCAUGCCCGACUUUCUCUCUUCCGCGUUUCCAUUCUCCCCCGUGGGCAACCUUUGUCGGCGCAGCAUCCUGGGCACGCCCCUGAGCAAAUUCUUGAGUGGUGCCAAAAUCUGGUUGUCCACAGAGACACUUGCCAACGAAGACUAACCCUGGGAGCGAACAAAGAAGAAGAAGAAGAAAUGUUGGUCUUAAUCCGACAUCGCUAGCCAGAAGCUGUCCUGACUUUAUAGACCACGUUGAUGUUUUUGCACAAAAGUAUUUAAAGGCAAAAUCCUCAUGUUUUCAUAAUGCACAGAAUAUUAUUAUUAUUAUUUUUGUUUCAUUUUGUCUUAACGUUGCAGCCGAUCCGUUGAUCGUCUUGUCUUAGUUUCACCCGGGAUUCUUCCUGCUGUCUUGGUUGAUAGGGAAGUUGAUUUACCCUCCCUGAUAACACCCACCCAUCAAAAAUUGGGCAUGGUGCUUUGUUUGUUUGGGAGGUUUCCUCUUGGAGUUGCCGGCGGAAGCCUGCAGCUUGACAAGAGGGAUGAAGGAAGAGAAACAGCAAAGAAAAGAGAAAAAAGAGAAAGAUUUUCAGGGUGACAAACCAGUGCAAAAUACUAGAGCAAUGUUGUCCCAUCCCGUCCCCCCCCUCAGGUGAUAGAACAAUCCCAUGAUGAUCUCAACAUUCACUUUGCUAUGAAUUUGAGCCAGAACUUUUACCCUUCCAUUGAAGAAAAUUAAAUUUAAGUUUACCCCUCCCUUUUGGUCAUCACGGUUACGUUUGGCCCAGCUCUCUAUUUAUUUAUUUAGGCUUUGAGGUUGCCUUGUAGUUUACAAAAAUCUGCCUCCCGAAUUGCGUACGCUGCCAAUGAGUUGUUGCUGGUGGGACGGUUGGUGUCUCUUGGCUGAUUAAAAUUAGGAAACGACAAGAACAAAAAACCUACCUGGAGAAAUCUUACGGCUUUAACCUGGUUAACAGGUAAAGAGAACCCAUAUUGGCUCCAGACAUCGUGGUUUGAGACCGUUCUAUCAGCAUGUAUGCAAAAAACAACAUUUUUUAAACACUAGCCUUAAAAGUGCCUUUUCUUGCAUUGACAUUAGUAUUUGUCCGGAACUCAGUUACAUUCAUUUGAUAAGCUAACAUUCUGCCUCUUGAUGAUGUAGCCUGUUUCCAGUCUCCUUCAUAGUGAUUUCUGGGGGUGCUUUAAGGAUUGUGCAAAGAAAUCUUAACUGACAAAUCGAUAAGUAUUACUGACUGUGAACGGGCCUUGAAUGGGGUUGGCUAGAAUCAGCAUUCUUGGAAGGAAAUGUUGCUUUAUAUACAGUUAUGGACUCAUUUUUUUUUUUUUUUUUUUACAGGUUAGUUCGGCGUUUCUCAACCUUGGCCACUUUUAAGAUGGCGGACUUCAACUCCCAGAAUGGCUGGGGAAUGCUGGGAGUUGAAAUCCACCCGUCUUCAAGUUGCCAAGAAUGAGAAAUACUGAUUUAAGUUGAAUUCAACCAAGAGGGUUGGUUGAAUUCGUUUAGGGCCCCUGAUCGCAGAAUUUGAGGGGUGGUGUGCAGCAUGGGGGAAUUAUAAGAGGAUUUGGGGCAAUCUGGACAUGCCAGGGACAUCCAGUUAUGUGUGUUGCCUGAGUGGGUAGACAUGAGUUUUCUGCCAUUCUGUAGAUGAGUGUUUCUCAACCUUGGUAGCUUGAAGAUGGGUGGACUUCAACUCCCAGAAUCCCCCAGCCAGCAGCAGCGCUGGCUGGGGGAUUCUGGGAGUUGAAGUCCACCCAUCUUCAAGCUUCCAAGGUUGAGAAACACUAUUGUAAAUGGAAGAUGGCUUCAAGGCCUAGUCAGGAAACCAUGGAAUCCUAGUCUGUUUUGUGAAAUGGAUAGCUCUCUGGAAAAUGGCUUGUGUUCAGCUCCUUUGGGAGAAGAUGACACCCCCAGUGGUUCUCAAGUAUUUGAGAUACUGGUGCUGAUCCAACAGUAGAUAAAUAGCACAUCGUUACAGUUCUGCUGUUUGGGACAAGGAAGGAAGGGAUCCUGCUUGACCCCCUUCCCCACAUGCCCCAUGUGGGGCAAUCUGGGAAUUGAGCGUGCCAUAUGCAACCUGUCUCACUGACUCCUGUUGAAUUGGGGUCCCAUUAUCAAGUCUGUUAAUGAUCUCUUCCCCUCCCACCCCCGAGUUUCUGCAGUGGGUCACCCAGCUGCUGUUCCUUCAAGGACAUUAAUGACAUAACCGAAGUCUUUAUCUUAAUUAUCUUCAAUGGAGCAAAAGUUUAAUUUUCCUACUGUUGAAUUUCUUACGUCCAGGAUUUUUCGUACGGGUGGGAGAAAUCAGUUCCUUUUUACUAAGGUGGCUUUCUUACGGAUUCUCUACUUAACGCUUAAUAGUCUUAACGGCAUUUCAGAUGUAUCAAAUUUUGCUAAUUAAAGCGGGAUGAGUAUAUAUAUUUUGCAAAAAGAAAACAAAACGGUAACUACGUUAAGGUGAUUCACUUUUGAGAUGUGUAUUGUAUGCCUGAACCCUCUUUUUAACAGGAAUUUUUUAAUUGUGCAUUUUUGUAAUGUGACUUUACUUUUUUUAAAACCCUUGUGGGAUGGCAGAACUUUUGACUUUAAAAUAGUUGCCCUGAUGAAAUGGAAAGAAUUUGUGUGAUGGUCGCGUGUGAAGCAGGUAUAGGAGAUUAAGUAGAGUUAGGUAGACCUGUGGUUACCCAUGUCAGGACAUCUGUUAAGUUGAUUUGGCAGGAAAGAGGCUUCAUGAAGUAAGCAUUAUUUACUGUUAAGUCAUCGUGCUUAGCAGGGGAACCUGACAUGGGGGUCUCGGACCAUAGAAUCUUAAUUAGUCUUAAGUGAAAAUACCUCUUUGAAGUGAACAUGGUGAUCAGAAAUGAAGGGAAGUCGCGAGUGAUACAGCCUUGGGAACCUGUUGGCCUUUCAGAUGGUCUAAAUCAGGGGUCUCCAACCUUGGCAACUUUAAGCCUUGGUGGAUUUCAACUUCAAGUUAAAGUCCACCAAGGCUUAAAGUUGCCAAGGUUGGAGAUCCCUGGUCUAAAUGAUCUUUUUGUGUGCCGAUGAGGACUUCUAAAACCAGGCUUCCCAACCACGCAACGUUUAAGACGUGUGGACUUCAACUUCCAGAAUUCCCCAGCCAACUUCUGGGAGUUGACGUCUACACAUCUUAAAAAUGUUCACGGUUGGGAAACAUGGGCUAGAAGUGGUUUGGCUUAGCAACUUCUGAAGCCUCCACAAAUCCCGUCCUUUUUCUGGGCACAAAUUGGGUCUUCUCCGACGUUGUCCAGAAGUGAUGGCCCAACUCUCAAAACAUCCCAGACUGACCACCUGAUUGCAGUAGUUCUGCCAGUGCCUUUGUGUGCCAUGUGGAGAUGAUGAGAUAGAUUGGAUGGAUGGAUGGCUGCUCCUUGGUCUUCAUCCUGGACAGGACAAAAGGGUCCUUUUCCCAAAAGAAGGAAUUGUUAGGGAGCUCCAGAAGAUAGAGCUUCUCUCAAGAAGGUUUUAAUGCCCAUCGUAGACUUGAGAAAGAAGGAGCAGCUGCGUUGAGACCACGAAUGGUCUGUUUGUCAGUCUGUCUCUUGUCUUACCUUCUGCCAACUCGAUGGCGUUUGUGAACUUAAAAGUAGGGGUGGGGGAUUCCUCCCUCAACACCAGUGAGCAGCCCCCAUACCUUAACUCUUUUUCAAAGCAGGUACUUUCCACGGUGAAGUUUUUGUAACUGUGCAAAACAAGAGAUGGCUAUUUUUGUACGUUUGUUUAAUAGCAAGAGGGCUGCUUGAGCUGAAGGAGGUGGUUGCUGUAAUUAAACUGUGUAAAAAUAAUAAUAAUAAUAAAACCCACCACUUUUGAUACUGUCAAGUAGAUUUUAGCUGCUGCGUGCCGGAAGGUGGCUGUGGUUGUGUUUUUUUUUUCCAUGGGUGUAUAAUUUUCUUAGGCAGAUCAGCAAUCCUAAAGAUGUGUUUCACCCUGGCAGAAGGUCCUUCCUUUCAAUUCUGGUGCUUUUGCAUGUCCUUCCUGUUAAAAUUCGGGCUUUUUUUUUUAAAGUGUAUUUUAAAAGUCAACCAUACUUGACUUUUUUUUUUUUUUUUUUGGUAAGGAAAAGUAAAUUAAGCCAUCAGGAAAGUGGAAUUCUGUGACUCUUUAUGAAAAUGGGACCGGAGAGAGGAAUCCCAUUUUUAAAAAAAAUACUUUUGGAAGAGACUAAAGCAGAGUUGUCCAUCCUUGGCAACUUUAAGACUUCAACUCCCAGAAUUCCCCAGCCAGCAUGAGGGAAUUGGCUGGCUGAGGAAUUCUGGGAGUUGAAGUCCAUGAGUCUUGAAAUUGGAGACCCCUGAUCUAAAGUGUUGAUGUUCGUAAGCAAAGGUCUGCCUGAGCACAGCAGAGCUGACAAGGAGAACCUCCUUCCAUCUGCCAUAAUGUAUGAAAUUGCAAAUAAAUGAGACUUAAUAAAAAUCAACUUGCCCUCUU